AUGGAGGAAGAGCCUACUCAACCAGGUACUUACCCAUCUCUUACAUAUUUUGCUAAUACAAGACCCCCUCGCCCUUCUUCUUUCUCCGAUUCCAUCAAGGCCUUUCAAGAGUAUAUGUCAGCUCACGAUCCAUACUAUGUAGCCACCCAGCUGUACAAUGACGAGCGACGCUUCGACCAAGGCAACUCGGGGCUGAGUGAUGAGGAUGCUGCCGACAUUAUAUGCAUUCUCUAUCCUCUGUCGAUGCCAGCGUAUCGUGCUGCCCACGGAAUCCACAAGGCGAACCCACGAAACACCCUCGAGGCAAAAGGAGAUGUCAAGAUCAGAGAAAGAGCCAUCGACUCCGACGACGAUGCCAAUAUCUCCAAGGUCGCUGCUGAAGGCCUGGUCUCUUGCGCUAUCGUGCUCCGAUUGUCUGCCGACCUCAAGGAUCCCCUCUGUGGGUAUCAAUUUGGCCGAAACUCUCAGCGAUGUGACUUUGCCAUUGGCCACAACGAGCCCUCGAGACGGGUAAGCAAUAUUCACUUUAGGAUAUAUAUCAAUGAGCAUGGAAUCAUCAUGAUCGAGGACCAAUCUACCAAUGGGACCGUGGUCGAUGGCGUCAUGCUUCGAGCCAAGGAGAAAGAGAAUGGUUUGGACUAUAGACGCACUCUUGAGACAGGCUACCAGAUCACUCUUGUCAUGACUCCGCCCGAAGAAAAUUACGAUUUCGUUGCUUGGAUGCCUCAACGAAGUGAUGCUUCCGAACUGGUGUACCAGCAAAACGUGACGAAGUUCUUUCUCCAUCUGGCUACCUUGAGAGACCAGCGUGGUGCCGAAAACGCUGCGACAGGUGGAGGAAAAGGAGAUCCUGUCAACCUUUUCCCGACUCCUGGAGUAGGUACUCCUGGUGGGGCUCCAUUGUCAACAUUUGGCAAGCACUUGAAAGAGUGGAAAGGCGGAUCCAAGUACAACAAGGUCUGCUGCAUUGGCAAAGGUGCCUUUGCUGUUGUCUACAAAGUUACAGCCAAAUUUGAUGGGGUUCCGUUCGCUGCCAAGGAACUUGAGAAGAGGCGCUUCAUGAAAAAUGGUAUUCUAGAUCAGAAAAUGGAUAUGGAAAUGACGAUCAUGAGUAGAAUCACACACCCGCACAUUGUUCAGUAUAUUGAGCAUAUUGACUGGGAAGAUUACUUGUACAUCAUAAUGGAGUACAUUCCCGGCGGCGAUCUAGGCAGUCUUAUCCAUGAGCGCGGUCGCUUGCCCGAAUCAGAUGUUAGGGACGUUGGAGGCCAGCUCUUGGAUGCGCUGGGCUAUCUGCACGAAAAGGGCAUCACCCAUAGGGAUGUCAAGCCAGACAACAUUCUUAUCUCUCGCCGCGAACCAUUGCAGGUCAAGUUAACCGACUUCGGUUUGUCGAAGAUGAUUGACAGCGAAGAGACAUUCCUUCGCACAUUUUGCGGGACCUUGCUCUACUGUGCUCCAGAGGUGUACAAUGAAUAUCGCGAGUAUGACUCGACCGGCAAACGAACUCUUCGAGGACCGAAUAGGAAAUCUCUGCCACCGCAACGUUACGGUCAUGCCGUUGAUGUUUGGUCCCUAGCCGGUGUACUUUUCUACGCUCUCUGCGGAGCCCCUCCUUAUCCAGUGAAAAAUGGGACGAGCUAUCAGGAGCUACUCAACCAAGUCAUGACGAAGCCACUUGAUAUUAGGCCUCUUCAGCGUGUCAACAUUUCCGAUAAUGGAAUUCGUUUUGUUCGACAGAUGCUUCAUGUUCGUCCUGAGCAUAGAGCUACGAUCGAAGAGCUGCAGCAGAGCCCUUGGCUUACUGGUGUUGAGGAUGAUGUCGACGUCUCGAUGACUCAGGAUGAGAUUGAUAUCCCUAGCAACGAAGAGGGUUCGCUUGACCCGCAGCUUGAGGAAGGAGCGUCGCAGCUUAGUAUCGCGGACCCUGUGGAUCGCCAAAUCAAUGACAGCGAAGAAUUUGGCACGAGCGACGAGACCGAGAUACAGCUACGUGAGAUACCAAGCAGUUUUGAUACUAGCAAUGAUGCCUCGAGCUAUGGGUUCGCCUAUACUUCCGCACCAAAUCAUGGUCCUGGGCGUUUGUUUGGCGAAGUGAACGUGUCGGUUGUGGGGAGCUCUGGCGCCAUACUGCUAGAUCAGCUAAACCUUCGCAUCCCAGCUAACCAUCACGGGAUUCACCACAGCCUCCAGAUUUCGCAGGAUUUGGAAUACUCACAAGACCGGACGACGACCCAAUAUUCGCACAUCGACAACUCCCAACUAGAUGGUCUCGACGCUGACGUUGCAUUGCCAACCACAAUGGAGCCUGCAAUGCACCUUCCUCCUGUGAGCCCGGCCAGAGAUCAAGAUCAUGAUAAGCGCGCCAUCAGAUCUUCCAGUCUUAUGGGCACUGAGUCUUUAGUCGGCCACCUCAAUAUGCAUUCGCCAGCUUCUGUGGCUUCUCCCCCAGCAAGCAGUCCAGCAGCCGACAAUUCGAGAGAUGUGACCAUCAGCCUUCGACGACCUCGUCCAGAUGACGAUGACGAUAGUGAUGAUAGUUGGAAGCCAGCUGACCUUCCGCCUAAGAGACGACGUGUAUCAGCGCGUGAGAUUGACAUACCAGUACCACCAAGCAUUUUCUGGGAUCCGGCAGACAAGUCAACUCACCAUUAUAACUACCCUCGCAUGAUGACGUCCGACUACUUCAACUUCAAGGAGUAUGCAAAGUCUAAGGGCGAGGAAUUCGAGCCAGGUACGAAGACUUUUGAGUCGACCAUGCAGAGCUAUAGAAGCAGCCGCAGCCGCAGCUCGUCAGUUGAACCUGUUCGUGCCCAAUCCGAACCUACAGCGGACGAUGGUAGACGUAUGACCAUGAAACGAGAUGAACGUCGACUUGUUGAAGGCUCUUCCGUGCGGGAACCAAAAACCAUUAGACGUACGAUCAAAGACGAGUUAAUUCCCUCCACGGCUCAUCCCUCGAAUGCCCCUAGCCCUGGAGCCGACGCUGGUACUACCGCUACCCCAAACAUAGUCCCCGAGCCGGUUGUUGGCAAUGAUUUCCAGCUUCCGAAACGCAUCUUAGCAAAGGUCCUUGCUACGCCAGACAGUUGCUUGCCGACUAUCAAUAUCAACAUUACAGAUUGCAUCACGUCCUGGGGCAGAGGACACUCCACAACAGUCCGCUAUUCUAAUGGAGAAGAAACUCGGAUUCCAAAGUACGCAUUCAAGAUCAUGCUUUUCAAGCCCCGAUUCUAUCGACAGAUCGCCAGGAAAAUCCAGCUAUGGGACGAGAAAGACCAGGACAUGUCAUUCUAUAUCUCCACCAAGGCUUCCUCGGGAAUCUGGAUCAAUGACGUCCAUCUACCUAGCUAUGACCGCCAGAAUCCAAACUCUUAUUCCAGGCACUGGGGCGAACUUCGACACGGCGAUAUACUCACAGUGUGGGAUGAUAAGACGCAAGGUCAAGCCACCAGAUUCCGAUUUGAAUGCCUUUGGGGCAACUCCAAGGAGCCGAGAAAUAGUGGCGAGAAAUUCCACACCAACACCAAUCUAGUGUUUUUGGCGGAUAUCGAGGAGUCCUGUCGUACGCAGGAACUAGAUAUCUUGGCUGAGCAGGAAAAGAGAACUGAGGAGCAUAAAAAGCUGAUGGACGACGUCAAACGGAAUGAAAAUGCUGCUGCUCGGGAGGUCAAACUCAAGAGUUUGAAUGUCUUCAAUCAGUCUUUCGCUCGCGAUCCGCCUACGGCCUAA